AUGUUCCCAACUCUAAUGCAGAACAAAUAUGGACAACCUAUGCCCCUCUCGGACAAUGGUUGGGAUUGGCAGAUAAAGCAGCUACGGUUGCAGCAGCUACAGGAGGAGCCUCUCGAGGAGCCUACACCCCAGAGCCACUCUCGCCAAGAGGUUUCGAAUCGCCCCGACGUCGACUCUGAGGAACCUACAAUCGUCAAGCGAGCACCUUUAAUACCAGCCACAGCUAAGAUAAUCAAGAAUGCUGAAAUCGAUUGGACAAUUGACGACUCGCUUCCUGCCCAGAACGCAGCCCCGCCCCCUUCACCGACACGAGCCAGACAUGACCAGGAACUCUACUCAGAAACCAAUACGACUUUUGAAGAUAAUUGCCCCUCUAUUGAGCUAUCAUCCUUGUCUAUCGACCUCAGACCACAUGAGACCCAAAGAGGCCCGGUUCCAUCGAAUCCGCGUGGACAAUGCACCAACAAGAUUAGUCUCUGCCCUAGAUAUCGUCCAGACGACACGAUAAAAGGAGACAUAAUGCCAGGCAAAACUGUCCAAUCUCACUACAACUAUGACUUCCUCGCAAAUUUCACGACAGAGACAAUGGAUCACAAAGCCGAACUUGGAAAAAGCUUGCCAGGCUCCAAACUUCUUGAGCCCUGGGCCGAGCCAGGGGUGAGCUACAUCCCAGCCACCUGUCCCAGCGGACCUCGCAACCUUCCUCCCGGCUACUACGCCUGCCCCUCCAAGGAUUGCCCUCACCGACUUGGGAAAUCAUGGUCAGGCUCUGGGUACACUCGGGAAACUCUCACAGACCACAUUCUCAACCACGGGGGACGUAAUGGGAUGUCAGAAUUGAGAUGGACCGUCCGGCAACGUGUCAUGGCCAUGCGCCGUACUCAGCGCCGCAAGACGAAUGACGGGAAAAUUUGGAUCGACGCCACCGGUGAUCUUGACGAGGACCUACAGCGAGAGACUGACGACCUGGUCCUGGAUCUCGAGGAAAUCAGAAACUGGGAGCAAGCAAUCCGGGUCGCUGCCCGCCGAUCUGCAGAUGCAACCUUUGCGGAUCAAGUGCCUGUCCAUGGGAGCCCCCAUUUUACAUCCCCGGAGAGGAACAUCGAGGUGCGCAAUCCUGAGCUAGCCCGCAGGGAGUAUGCCUUCCCACGUGAUUCGUUUCGUUUUCAAGACCAUCAACGUUCACGACAGACGUCUGCUGGGGUGCAUCCGAACGAUCAAGUACGCUCUCCAGUGGAGUCGAAGGGACUCAAUGGGUUCUCCUGGUCUGAAACCACGGUGACGGACAGUGACCACAGUCCUCCGAGAAAGAAGGCUCGAAAAGUUCGACCUGAGCGGGGCUGCGAGGAUUGGAUCUCCACAAUGGGAGAAGAUGACGAUGACAUGGAUCUUGACUAA